GUCACCGUUCUAUCGUGCCUUUAUUUUGAAAUGGACACGUAGCACAGACUCCGAUUUCAGUGUCUGGUCCUAAAGGCACAUCGGCUCCGGUCAGUGACACAUCCACACUUAAGGCAGGUCGAUGGCAUCGCAAAACUGCUGACAUCGGAGUUUUGUUUGCUUGGCACCUCACUGACAGCGACAUUUGGAUCGUAUAAAGGUUAAUAAGACAGAAGUAAGAUGUCGGCUCCGGGUUACACCAAUCUGAACUCGAAUUACAGCGCAACGCAGAACGGCGCAGGUCCUGGCACUGCACCCGCUUAUCAAAACGGACCAGGUCAGACCCACCCAGCCAUGUAUCCUGCCUCAAAUUACUAUACUGGUGUUCCUCAGCAUGGUUAUCCCACCAUGCCACCUCAAAAUGCCCCUCCUGGAAAAGUACCACCAACAAACACCAACUAUUACCACAACAGCCACCCUCAGGCUGCUGCUCCCCCAGGAACAGGCUCUGCAUUUUACCCUGCUACUCCAGCCCAGCUCCCUGUCAGUUCCAACCCUGCUGCCUCUGUAGCCCCACAGUACUCGCCACAUUCCUACCAGCACCAUUAUGCCAUGUCUGCGAGUUACUAUGGACAGAAUUACACCGCCACUGCUCAGGGGCAGCAGAAUCCUCCGCCAGCAUCAAGCGGAGCUAACCUUGGGCCUCCACUUUACCCUAUUGUGUCCUAUCCGUCAGCCCCUGGGAACAGCCAGUAUGGAACACUGCGAUCGACCCAGGCUGUUGGAGCGCCACCUACCCAGAGUGCGUUGCAACCUCAGCAGCAGUAUUCUCAGAGCAACAGGGCCACACCCACACCACCAGCUCAACAGGGCUAUGGUGCCCAGUCCCUUCAACAAACAGCUGCCGUUAAUGGCCAAACAAAUGCAGGCCAGCAGCACUACAGUCAACCUGCUCCACCUUCUGUGGGCCCUCGUUAUGGCACCGAGGGUGGCGACGGGCAUCGUCGACCAACAGGCACCCCGUCCACAUCCACCCCGUCUUCUCCAGGUCACCAGUCAGGGCUGCUGAUUGGUGGAUAUGGGGGCAAUAGAGCUGCUAGUUCCUCCACAGGGUUGCCAGGUGACCACUCCUCAUCCAGUUCGGACCACGAGGAUGAGGAUGAGGAGGAUGAGGAAGCAGGUGCAGACAGCUCAUCUACCACCACAGGGAGUGCAUCUCCUGUCCCUAACUGCUAUGAGUCCCUGGAAGGAGGAAAUUACCCAGGCUCGCCUGUUGCUCCUCAUCCUCCUGCUCCUCCUAGUGAACCUGCCAAACAAGCCCCGCCCUUUGGUUACAACUACCCAACCAUGCAGCCCGGUUACCAACAAAGCCCUGCCCCUCGACCAGAGCCCAUCCCCGCACAGGGAGCAUACAAUCAACCUGGAUAUCCGCCAUAUUCACAGCCUUUCCCCAGUCUGAAUCAGCUUUCUACAGCAUUGGGGGGUUUGAGUGGAGUUCCCGAGCUGGAAGUGGAGGCCUUGCGCCCUGUGAACCUGCUGCAGGAGAGAAACAUGCUCCCUCCGACACCCCUCGUUCCACCUGAACCCAAGCUCAGCAGCGACUUGCGUAGUGUCAACUGCAGUCCAGAUACAUUUCGCUGCACUCUGACGAGCAUUCCUCAGACUCAGGCCAUGCUGACUAAAGCUCGCCUGCCGCUCGGACUCCUGCUCCACCCUUUCAGAGAUCUGACGCAGUUACCAGUCAUCACCUCCAACACUAUCGUCCGCUGCCGUUCGUGUCGGACAUACAUCAACCCGUUUGUGUCGUUUCUGGACCAGCGUCGGUGGAAGUGCAACCUCUGUUACCGCGUGAACGACGUUCCUGAUGAGUUCAUGUACAACCCAGUCACACGUUCCUACGGCGAACCACACAAGAGGCCAGAAGUGCAGAAUGCUACAGUCGAGUUCAUCGCCUCUUCAGAUUACAUGCUGCGACCUCCUCAACCCGCCGUGUAUCUGUUUGUAUUGGACGUGUCCCAUAAUGCUGUGGAGACCGGCUACCUGAGCGUGCUGUGUCAGUCGCUACUGGACAAUCUGGAGAAGCUGCCUGGUGAUUCUCGUACACGCAUAGGAUUCUUGACGUUUGACAGCACAAUUCACUUUUACAACUUGCAGGAGGGGCUCUCGCAGCCGCAGAUGCUGGUUGUGUCUGAUAUCGACGAUGUGUUCACUCCAACUCCUGAUAAUCUGCUGGUGAAUCUAAAAGAGAGCCAAGAACUGGUAAAAGACUUGCUGAACGCUUUGCCCAAGAUGUUCACACACACCCGGGAGACCCACAGUGCCCUGGGGCCAGCCCUGCAAGCAGCGUAUAAACUGAUGACACCCACCGGGGGGCGCGUGUCUGUGUUCCAGACACAGUUACCCACCAUCGGAGCAGGGAUGCUGCAAUCAAGAGAGGACCCCAACCAGAGGUCCAGCACCAAGGGCGUGCAGCACCUAGGUCCUGCUACAGACUUUUACAAGAAGCUGGCUCUGGACUGUUCGGGUCAGCAGAUUGGGGUUGACUUGUUCCUUUUGAGCUCUCAGUAUGCAGAUCUGGCUUCAUUAGCCUGCAUGUCGAAGUUUUCAGCCGGCAGCGUUUUCUACUACCCAGCGUUCCACCAGAUCCACACCCCGGCUCUGAGGGUGAAGCUGCAGAAAGACCUGCAGCGCUACCUCACUCGGAAGAUUGGCUUUGAGGCUGUGAUGAGGAUCAGAUGCACCAAAGGAAUGUCCAUCCAUACGUUCCAUGGCAACUUCUUUGUGCGCUCCACUGAUCUGCUGUCUCUGGCUAACGUGAACCCGGACUCAGGUUUCGCGGUCCAAGUGUCUAUAGAUGAGAGCUUAGCCGAUACAUCACUAGCGUGCUUCCAGGCUGCUCUUCUCUACACAUCCAGUAAAGGCAAACGGAGAAUCAGAGUUCACACCCUGUGUCUGCCCGUGGUCAGUCAGCUCAGCGACGUGUUUGCUGGAGCCGACGUUCAAGCCAUCAGCUGCUUGCUUGCCAACAUGGCCAUAGACCGCUCGCUCUCCUGCAACAUUUCGGAUGCCCGGGACGCACUGGUGAACGCGGUUGUGGACUCGUUAGAGUCUUAUCGCACCAAUAUCUCCAACAUGCAGCAAACUGGAGUCAUUGCCCCCUCCUGUCUCCGCCUCUUCCCUCUGUACACACUCGCUCUUCUCAAACAGAAAGCGCUGCGGACGGGGACAAGCACACGGCUGGACGAGCGGGUCUUUGCAAUGUGCGAGUUCAAGAGUCAGCCAAUAAAGCAGAUCAUGCACAUGAUCCACCCUGACCUGUACCGCGUCGAUAACCUCUCCGAUCAGGGGGCACUGCAGCUGAACGAGCGGGUGAUCCCUCAGCCUCCACUGCUGCAGCUCUCAGCUGAGAAGCUCACCAGAGAAGGAGCCUUCCUCCUGGACUGUGGCAGCGUGAUGUACCUGUGGAUGGGCAGGAGCUGUAAUGAGAUGUUUAUACGAGAUGUCCUGGGCUGCAGUGACUACACAUCCAUACCAGUCAACAUGACCGACCUCCCUGAGUUGGAGACAGCGGCUUCUGAGAGAACCCGAGCCUUUGUGACCUGGCUUCAGGAAUCCAGAGGGUUUUGUGCCACCUUCUACGUGCUCAAAGACGACCCUUCGGCAAAGAACAGUUUUUUCCAGCACCUGGUCGAGGACCGUUCUGAAUCCGCGUUCUCCUACUAUGAGUUCCUGCUUCAUGUCCAGCAGCAGCUGUCCAAAUAGAACCGAGCCCGGGCUUGACAACACCAUGGAUUCAGUCUGGCGUUACGCCACCCCACCGUCCCGCCACGACACGACCCCACCGCCCCGCCACGACACGACCCCCUUCCACCUCCCACUGGCCAGUCACAGCCUGUGGUGCCUCAAUGUGGGCGGGGCUAAAGACCAUAGCAGGAAAACAAACAAAGCAGCAAAACGAACACAUGACCUAGCGCGUACUGUGUUAACGAGAAAAAGACGCUCUACCCUUUACACACACUCUUUGAACUGAGUUUUCAUUCUGCCCUUGAAAUGUUUAGCUGCUCUUGUAUCACAAGCGCUGAGUCUAUAUCUUUUCUUUUUUUUUUUUUUUUUUUAAAUAGCUUCUCCUUAUCCUUUCAUCAUGUGUGCUUAGACAACCCUGUGAUUUAAGUUCUGUAGCUGUUAAUAACACCGCCGUUUUCCUUCUCAUCGCUUAAUAUGGCAUUUCCUUACAACCUAACACACAUUGAUAAUCUGAUGUUCUCAUUCCCCUCACUGACAUAUAUGUAUCAUAUAUAUAUAUAUAAUUUCUACAUCUUUUUCUCACUCUAUUCUUUUCAUUCAUGUCACCUUAAUUCAUAUUUUUAAUCACAAGUCUGGGUGUAGUUUUUAAAGCCAAGCACUAGUCCAUCUUUAUCCCAUCUCUAGAAGCAAGAGUUGGACUGAUGGCAUAGCCCAUACACACACAAUUACACACACAGAGUAAGACACCUAUGAGAUGCCUGGAUCUGUGCUGAUUCUGAAGCUGAGAUCAUCUUUCUCUCUCUCUGUUUUCUUGGGGAAUCCUGCGGUUAACGCCUCGCUCUCCACUUUAUAACUCUGGAGAAAAGAAUAUUUUAUGUGCGAUAAUUUAUGAUGAGCUUAUUGAAUAAAAUGAAAGCCUAUUCCUCCUC